AUGGACGAAAUCAUUAUGAGUUACUAUCAGGCCGUCCAGCCAUACCUUCACAGACCCGCCCUUGUCUCUAACCCCAAGAAAUCAAACAUUUCCAUCUUCGAUUCUACCGUACAACCCAGCAUCCUGACCUUCACGGACAGCGAAGAAUUCGAUAAAUAUAUAUCGACGACCCCGAAGCCCUCCACACGAAUAAUUUCCAUCGCUAGUCGCAUUUCAACCCAGCCCCUCGGCAUUACAGAAACCUCUUUGCGAGCGCUCAUCAAUGCCUAUAAUAUCCAUCACUCAUACCUCGAUCGUGUUCUUUCGUUCGGUGAUAAGCCGCGCUGCUCAGAUGCAGGGCAUGGAGGUUUGGUCGUGCAGCGUAGGGAGUAUGGAUCAUAUGAUGCUCACUACCUGUUCGCAUAUCCAGAAGGCUAUGACAACGGCCAGUCCGUAGCAUGGACGACCCGACAGACUUGCGUUUUUCACCGACUCGACCCCUCUGGGAACGAAAACCUGUGGAUAUUUCUCCACGCGGGUCCACGCACCAAACUACAGACGACCAUUGAGGCCGACAUUUCCUCUGGUGUCCUCUCGUUUGAGACGAGCUGGUGCUCGUUUCACCUGCUGGCUCUUGCUACCUAUCUCUGGAACUGGCGGUGGUAUAUUCGUUACUUGGGGGAUGGCAUUGAACGCAUAGUGGAAAUGGCACUCACUCUGAAUGAUGCCGACCUGCAAUCUGUCAAUCAGUCGAGUCCCCUGAACCUGCUUAAGCCUCAGUACUUGGAGGAUAACCUUGCCCCAGUAAAGUCACAGGUAGGCGUUGCGCUGCAAAUAGUCCGCAGGCUGGGGGAGUUGAACGCCCAACUUUACUCCAAGGGCAUCAUUAAAGAGUCCCAGUUGUUGGAGACUGACAAUGUGCUGGGCCAUCACUGCGUGAGCCUGGAAGGGCACCUAGACAGUGUGACGGCGCUGGAAAGGAAGGUCCGGGGAAUAUCACAGCUGCUGGCCGUUGCACUCAACCUGAGAAACCAGUCUGUGACCAUCGAGAUCAAUAAUCGGUCGCUAGACAUGAACCGAGAGUCGGUCGACGACAAUGCGACUGUGCGAGUUGUUACACUGAAUUGUAAGCAGUCCAAAGGUCUAAUCAAGUACCCACAGACUCUUCUUGGAAUGAACCUAUUCGAUUUCAACGACCCCAACGGCAAUACGAAGUUCACAAUAUCUCCGCAAUUCUGGAUCUUCGUGGUUAUUGCCGUGCCCUUGACGGCGCUUACUCUUGGGUUUUGGUAUUUCAUGAUGCGCCGGCGAUUGAGAAAGCGGAAAUAUUCUGACUGUGAGGGGGAUGUUAAAUGUGGAUAA